AUGUCUCGCUGGGUGAAGGCAGGAGCCAUAGUUGGCUCAGGGGCAUUAGCUAUUUAUGCUCUAGAUGCAACUAAUGAAAAAAGGUUUCAAACUCAAAUGAAAACCUACUUCCGCACGGCACAUGCUGAUCGUCUCGCUGAGCUCAACAAAAGACCAUCAUCAGCUCUUCCUACUCGUAAAGAAAUUAUUGAAGGCCUAAAAGCCGGCGAAGAAUUUGAUAUUCUUGUCAUCGGAGGAGGAGCAACAGGAGCUGGUGUAGUUCUUGAUGCUCAAGCUCGAGGACUGAAGGCCGCAUUAGUGGAGCUCGAUGAUUUUUCUUCUGGAACUUCUUCUCGAAGCACUAAACUUGUGCAUGGCGGCGUUCGAUAUCUCCAAGCUGCCAUCAUGAAAGCAGAUCUAGAACAGUAUAGGAUGGUCAAAGAAGCAUUGUUUGAAAGAGCAAACCUAUUGGAAAUUGCACCUCAUUUGAGUUCUCCAUUGCCAAUUAUGCUCCCUAUUUAUAAGCUUUGGCAAGUACCGUACUACUGGGUUGGAAUUAAAGCGUACGAUUUCGUAUCCGGAAAGCGUGUUUUGAAAAACUCAUUCUAUAUCAAUAAAGAGAAAGCUAUGGAAAGAUUCCCUAUGUUAAAGAACGAAUCAUUGAAAGGUGCACUUAUUUAUUAUGACGGCCAGCACAAUGACGCACGUAUGAACUUGGCCAUCAUUCUGACUGCCAUUCGUCACGGUGCUAAGUGCGCGAACCAUGUUAAGGUAGAACACCUUAUCAAGGAUGAAAAUGGAAAAGUGAAAGGAGCUCAUGUGCGCGAUUCAAUGAGUGGUGGAGAGUUUGAUAUAAAAGCAAAAGCGGUUGUUAAUGCGACUGGACCUUUCACGGACACUAUUCGUCAAAUGGGGGAUCCGGAAACAGCUCCCAUCUGUGCUCCAAGUUCUGGAGUACACGUAGUGUUACCUGGUUAUUACAGGUUUCCUUCAAAUACUGGUCUUCUUGAUCCCAGUACUUCUGAUGGACGUGUUAUUUUCUUCUUACCCUGGGAGAAAAUGACGAUUGCUGGAACAACUGAUGCUCCAUCUGAGCUCACACACUCACCUACUCCUACUGAUCAAGAUAUCGAGUUUAUUCUGCAAGAAAUUCGUGGUUAUUUAUCCAAAGAUGUUACCGUUCGUCGAGGUGAUGUUAUGUCUGCAUGGGCCGGUCUGAGACCACUUGUUCGGGAUCCAAAUAAGAAAGAUACGAAGAGCUUAGCCAGAAACCAUAUCAUUGAGGUUUCUGAGAGUGGUUUGGUAACUAUCGCUGGUGGAAAAUGGACAACGUAUAGGCAUAUGGCAGAAGAAACUGUGGAUGCUUGUGUCAAGGCUCAUGACUUGAAACCUGCUAGUGGAUGUGUUACCCCUGGUCUCAUGCUCGAGGGUGGUCAUGAAUGGAAUUCUCUUCUCUAUAUCCAUCUUGUACAAGAUUACGGAAUGGAAGUUGAUGUUGCCCAACAUCUUGCUAAUACGUAUGGUGAUCGUGCUUUUGUCGUAGCUCGUAUGUGUAAAAUGACCGGAAAAAGGUGGCCUAUUGUUGGCUCCAGAUUACAUCCCGAAUUUCCUUAUUUGGACGCUGAAGUUCGUUACGCCAUUCGAGAGUAUGCCUGUACUGCAGUUGACGUCAUUGCUAGAAGGAUGCGCUUAGCGUUCUUAAACACAUACGCUGCUCAAGAAGUAUUGCCAGAUGUUGUCAGAAUAAUGGCAGAAGAGUUAGGAUGGUCUUCGGCUGAACAAAGGUCUCAACUUGAAAAGGCCCGUAGUUUCAUCGACUUAGAAAUGGGACAAUUGGCCAAAACCAAUGCUGUUAGUAAUGUGGCUGUUAACUUGACAAAGGCCGAGAUGCAAACUGCUAAAGAAAGAUUCAAUCAAUUGGAUAAAGAUAAGAAAGGGCACAUCACCGUUAAUGACUUACGUCGUUAUUUCCGAGAACAUAAUCAAAAAAUUGAUGAGAGAGUUCUGCAUGAGCUUCUGAAUGAAGUGGAUUUGAACAAAAAUGGAGAAAUCGAAAUCGCUGAAUUCUUCCAGUUGUAUUCGGGAUUGAAAAGUGGACAUGUCACAGCUAAUCGAUUGGUCGGUUAUUUGGAUGAAAUUCAUGGAACUCCUAAUGUGAAUCGUGCCUGUGGAGGCCUCUAA